UGAAAUCUUAGGACAGUCUGCAUGCACUCAACUCCAGCACAGAUCUGUUUCAGCAGGGUAGAGUAAAGAGCACAGCCAGACAGUGAAAAAAAAGGGUUCAAAUGAAGGGAGAAAAGUUCAGAUAGACAACACAAGCGGGCUAGAGAAAGCCACAGCUGAGAGAAACUUUCAAAAAGCGGGGAGAUAAAAGUGUGGAGAAAAAGGCGGUGUGAGAAACAGGCGGAGAGUGGAGACAUAUAUUCACAUUUCUAAGAAGAAUGGGCUCCCUGGUGAGCAGUACUGCUGCUCUUCUCUUCACCUCCCUGCUGGCUCUGCUCUGUGGACUUUCCUCGGUCCUGGGUCAAGAUCUGAGAGAGAGGGAUGCACUUUGCAAUGAGGAUGGCUGCUUUGUGGUGUACUUCCAACGCAAAACCUUCUUGGACUCAUGGAGGGCUUGCAAGGAGAAAGGUGGCAACCUAGCUACCAUUAAACGCAGGCAGGAUGCCACUACUAUUGCCACUCUCUUCUCCACUUUGGACUUGCGCCACUCACGCACCAGCAUCCAAGUAUGGAUUGGCCUGCUGCGGCAGCCUCGUCAGUGUACCACUACGCGCCCACUGCGGGGUUUCUCUUGGACUACUGGUGACCAGGACACAGAUUAUACCAACUGGCUGAAAGAGGACUCCCAUAGUACGUGCACAGUGCCACGCUGCGUGGUCACGGGCUACAACACUCAGGACCCGAGUGAUAACUUCAAAUGGCUGGAUGGUGCCUGCUCAAUCCCUGUAGAUGGGUAUCUUUGUCAUUAUGCCUACAAAGGAAUGUGUCCUGCCUUGUGGAGUGAGGGGACAGGCAAUGCCCUCUACACCACACCAUUUAACCUUUUAAGCACUUUGUUAACUCAUUUACCCUUUGGAUCUGUUGCUACCGUGCCUUGCCCCGCAGGCACCAAGGAGGAACAGUCCGUUUUAUGUAUGCUGAAGGAAGACGGCACAGUUGGGUGGUCAAGAGACUCCCCCCUCUGCUCUGAUCCCCCUGUAUCACACAACUGGUGUGAGAAGGAUAAUGGCGGUUGUGAGCAUAUCUGCAGGCCAGCCGGUGCUCACUUCUACUGUGAGUGUGAGGAUGGGUAUCAACUGAGCGACGAUGGGCAGAGCUGUGAGUUGUCAGAGUUGUCAGAUGUUUGUCAAGGCCCCUGUGAGUUUGAGUGCUUGCCCCUCCCAGAUGGGUACCGUUGUGCCUGCCCUGAAGGAUACAUGCUUGCACCAGAUGAACGUGGCUGUCUGGAUGUAGAUGAGUGCCUUCAGAGUCCUUGUGAUCAGCUUUGUGUGAAUUCUCCAGGAUCAUUUGAAUGUCAGUGUUGGAAGGGUUACUUUUUGGAAGAUGAUGGUGGGUGUGAGGAUAUAGAUGAGUGUAUAAAUGACCCGUGUGAACACGCCUGUGAAAACACUCAAGGCUCUCAUAUCUGUCACUGCCAUCUGGGAUUUUCCCCAGUGCCUGAGGACCCCAGCCGAUGCCAAGACACUGACGAGUGCCAGAUCCCCGGGACAUGCGAGCAGAUGUGUGUGAAUUAUGUUGGUGGAUUUGAGUGCUACUGCAGGGUAGGCUAUGAACUCAUGAAUGAUCAUUUCUCAUGUGGCAAGAGAGGAGAAGGGGAGGACCAGUCUGCUGUCACCCCUUCUUUUCCUUGGGCGACCCACCAGCCUGGACCUGUAUGGCAGCCUGUGGACUAUGACUGGAACCUGCAGGAGAGCCGCACUGACUGGCCUCCAGAGGAGGAGCAAUCUUUGGACUGGCUUACUGACCCACCUAGAGUUUUGGCUGAUGUCAUUUGGGUCACCAGUGCCCCUCAAGAGGAACUGCUCUUUGAUUUAGUAUUGGACCCUCCAACACAGGAGACUGAGGAAGAUAUGGAAGAUGUAGACACUGGAGGUGCUGACUGGUCGGACUGGGGACAGAGAUCUCAAUCAGACUUGGAAGUUUUGCCAACCACCAUCUACACCACACCUCCACCCACCACCAGCUUGCCAAGCACUACCUCAGACUGGUACGAAGAUGAUGAGGACAUUGAGGAGGAGACCACCACAGCUCUCCCCUUCCUUUCCACCUCGACAAUCUCUGAGGGUGCUUGGAAUUGGUGGGCGGGACUCACCACUUCCAGCCAGAAACCAGGAAAUCCUAGGGAUUCACUCAUGGACCACAACAUGCCUACAGAUUCCAGCUCAAAUGAGGCAGAAGAAGAACAGCAACUCCUUUGGGAAAAAUCUCAGUUCCCAGAGGAGAAUUUAGGGGUGGAGGAAAAGGACAAUGUGGAGAUCACACACCAAGACCCAGAUGUUCCCACCCUGCCUCCUUCUCAGCCACCCCCAAGCAAGGGUGGAGAAAGCAAUGAUGAUCUGGAUUUGGUCCAGGGGGACAGGGCGCAGAAGCAGAGCAGCACCUGGCUCCUGGUGGGCCUCCUAGUGCCUAUCUGUAUCUUCAUCGUAGUGAUGGUGGCGCUGGGCAUCGUCUACUGCACCCGCUGUGCUGUUCACUCACGCAACAAGAAUGCCACCGACUGCUACCACUGGAUCUCUGGGGCUCAUGAUAAACAGGGGGCUCCUAACCCCUCAGCAGGGGUCAAGACCCAUGUUUAAAACAGAGAAGAGAGAAACUGACAUGAACAUAAACAUACUGUGCUUCAGAGGUUAGCAGGAGUGAAUGAUGGAUCUGGUAAGGGACAAAUGUU